AAAAAUAUAGUGGAAAGUACUAGAAAGAAACGACGCUCACCCCCUUUAUUUUCUUCUUUGCCUAUAAAUCCCCCACGGUCUGUCUUCUGCUGUACGGUGUUCUCUGGAUUCUAGGGUUUUAGACAUUCACUUCCCCCAACCGAGAUUAAAAAUGAGUCGUCAUCCUGAGGUGAAGUGGGCCCAGAGGGUCGACAAAGUUUUCAUCACAGUGCUAUUGCCAGAUGCCAAAAAUGCAAAGGUCAAUCUUGAGCCAGAGGGUGUUUUUACAUUCUCUGCCAGUGCUGGAGCAGGAGACAAUCUUUAUGAACUGAAGUUGGAACUCCAUGAUAAGGUUAAUGUGGAGGAAAGCAAAAUUAAUAUUGGUGUAAGGAGUAUAUUCUGCAUCCUGGAGAAGGCUGAGAAAGGGUGGUGGAAAAAGCUAUUGCGUGGAGAUGGCAAGCCUCCACAUUAUCUCAAAGUAGAUUGGGACAAAUGGGUAGAUGAAGAUGAAGAUGAUGGUGGUUUAGGUAACAACUUUGACAUGGGAGGGAUGGAUUUUUCGAAUUUCGGAGGCAUGGGAGGCAUGGGAGGCAUGGGAGGAAUGGGAGGAAUGGGAGGAAUGGGAAUGGGAGAUGAUGGUAUGGGUGAAUUUGAUGACAGUGAUGAUGAGGACCAAGAAGUGGCAAAGCCUGACAAGGCAGAAGGAGCUGCGAAGACAGAUGAAAAAGAAAAUGUAGAAGAGAAAAAGGAAGCUGCACCAAGCGGUUGAAGAGAGAAUUUAUUGAAAUGAUAGUUGUGCGUUGAAUUUUUCGGUAUACUAGUUGAAAGAUUGCCUUUUUAACUUGGUGAGUGGAGUCAAAGACUGCCGAACGUUGGUUUCCGUCUUAUAGACGGUUGAAAAUGCUCUUUUGACUUUGGAAUGUUGUACUUUUAGUUGUGCUUCAUGGAUAUAAUUAUUUGAUCUGAAGAUUUGAUUCUCCCUAA